UAAGUCGCUCGCUAGAUGUCGGGUUGAAACAUAAACAUCGACUGUAGCCGGUCUCACUUAAAUAAAAAUGAGCAAAAAACUGGUAGUUCUGGCAAGAUUUAGCGAAUACGGCAUUCCAGAAUCAACUGUAUUCAUUUUAAAUAAAAAAAAGUCAUUGAAAGAUUACCCACAAAUUUUGAAUAAAUGUGAUACCAGCAAUGUCGACGAAAUUUCCUUCUACUGUAUGGAUGUUCACGCUGCAUCAUUUUUACGCAGCGAACUUCAGAGGUCUAGUUUUCUUAGGAGACAGGUGUGGAAAAAUCAUUCAACUCUUGUGGAAACUGGUACAGUGGUUUUGCAAAUCUUAUUGAAGGAGCCUAUUCGCUACCACAUGGAUCAAAGAUUUGGUUCCCAAGUUCAGCUGCUAGUCAAUGAAAAAAUUGAAUUGGAUCACAUUAUGUCUUGCUUGUCCACCUUAGGAGGAGCCUUCUCAUCACUGGGAGAUCAGUUUCUUGACUGUGCAAAAAUUGCAGGGAAGAUUUCCUUACAACAAUAUAAAAUUGCUGAAAAGCUCUGUGACCCUGUAACACUGAUGCGUUGCCAGCUGUAUCUUUCUAUUAGCUUGAUCCAGUGCAACCGCUUUAAGAAUGCCAAAAUUGUUAUCACCUCAGUUUAUAGAUCAAUGAAGUCUAGACCAGAAGAACUCCAGGAUAAAAGGGUCAUCUCCAUGUGCCUAGGUAUCUGGGCUAAACUCAAAUAUCAUUGGUAUCUAGAGAAAAAACAAAUCUACAUUACAUAAUAAAGAUCUGUUAAGCAUACCCCAAAAGAUAUGGCCCCAACAAUAUUCAAACAAAUCUCUUAAAAAAUAUCAAACUACCUGUAAGGGAUCGUGAUCAUUAAGAGAUACAUCAAUCUGAACAUCUUCUCCAAGGGCUGAAUGAAGAACUUCUUUCCAUUUGGAAAGAAAUCCACGUUCAGUGUUCGAGUGCUCACAUAAAAUGACGCUAGUUCCACGAUGAACAGCAUCAAGUACUUCAUGAUGAGACAUUUCGCCCGUUAAGAACACGUCCGCUUUUACGUUUUUCAAUAAUGAAGCUCCUGAGCCAGCACACAACGCGAUUGUUUCGACAUUCAUAUUGUUCUCUGCAUUGCCUGCGGUUGCUAAACGAACAUGCUGUAGUUUUAGAUGGGACUUUACCAACUCUACAACACGGUUGAUUGUGAUGGGCUCGGACAAUCGAAUUAAUCGUCCCAUACCCGAUCCCGGGAUCGGAGGCUAUAAAAUACAAAUAGAAAAAUAAAA